UUCCCCGACCAGGACGAACGUCUUUUCGCCGCCGAGACCUGCAGGAUUCCAGGAGUGCUGAAUACGUAUGCAACGGAGCUUAUGCGUGCAGCCGAUGCGCGAAAUUGUCGUCGUAAGUUGGAGCGUCUGAGGGACCGACAGGAUGAAUCGAUCCACGUCAAGACUUGCAAGGACCUCUGGGUGGGUCGGCCAUACCGUCCCCGCAGGAAGGUGCCCAACCACCCCUUGGGACCACCAAACCAUCCCUGUGAAGUUGGGGCCGGUGAAGAUCAUCGUCGCAUGGAUCUCAGUCCAUUGUCAGACGAAUACUGGCAGGUAUGUAACGGUUUCUAG